AUGUCUGCGAUCGUCGGCGGCGCCGAGGUCGCGGCGAGGCUCCGCGUCGGCUCGCAGCAGCUGCGAGCGUCGCUACGGCUCUCGCUCGACGACGCCGCGGACCUAAAGCUGGCAGCGCAAGUGCUGCGCGAUUCGGCCCCGCUCUUGGCCCGUGUCGGGCGACAGGCCGCCGCGGGCGGCGCGUCGGCAGACGAGCGGCUGCGUCGGUUGGUGCCGCCGACCCCCGCGCCGCGUUGA